AUGGCCGCCCAGCGCCUGGAGUGCCCCGUCUGCCUUGAGGUGCAGGACGGGCAGCAGCACCAGUGCCGGGAGGGCCACGUCUUCUGCGCCUCCUGCGACUCCAGCCUGCGAGCCCCGCGCCUCUGCCCCGAGUGCCGCAUGGCUCUCGGACCGCUGAGCCAGGCGAUUCGAUCCCGAAGCCACGAGGAGCGGAUCGCGGCGCUGCCGGCGGCGUGUUCGCACUGCGGGCUGGCGACGACGCGCGGCGAAGUCGCCGCCCACGAGCAAGGCUGCCCGCAGCGGCCGCGAGCGUGUCCUGCGGCGGAGGCUGGUUGCGCGUGGUCGGGGCUGCUGGCAGACAAGGCGGCGCACGAGGCGACGUGCCCCUUCGCGGUGUGCCAGCGCAUGAUGGCGCCGCUGCAAAGCGAGGUGCAGAACAGGCAACUUGCGGCGGAGGCGGGCGCGAUUGAGGCGAUAGUGGCGGCGAUGCGUGCUCAUCCGCAGGAGGAGGAUGUGCAGGAGCAAGGCUGCAGGGCGCUGUGCAUCGUGUGCUGCGGCACCGACGCCGCAGGGCGCGCACGCAAGCAGCGCGCAGCAGCCGCGGGCGCGAUCCAGGCGGUGGUGGCGGCGUUGCAGGCUCACCCGCAGGUGGCGGGGGUGCAGGAGGACGGCUGCGGGGCACUUGCCAACGUGUGCUCCGGCGACGACGCCGCAGGGCGCGCACGCAGCCAGAGCGCAGCAGACGCGGGUGCGAUCGAGGCGGUUGCGGCGGCGCUGCAGGCUCACCCGCAGGUGGCAAGGGUGCAACAGCAAGGCUGCUGGGCGCUGGUCAACGUGUGCUCCGGCACCGACGCCGCAGGGCUCGCACGCAAGCAGCGCGCAGCCGACGCGGGCGCGAUCGAGGCGGUGGUGGCGGCACUGCAGGCUCACCCGCAGGUGGAGGCGGUGCAGGACAUGGGGUGCUGGGCGCUGCGCAACGUGUGCUCCGGCACCGACGCCGCGGCGCGGGCGCGGAGGCAGCGUGCUGUGACUGCACGCGCGCCCGAGGCGGCGACAGCGGCGCUGCAGGCGCACCCAGAGAACGCAGCUGUCCAGGGGCAAGGACAGCAGCUGCGCGAUUUGCUUGUCUGA